AGGCCGAGACUCAUCAUGAACACUUUGGACGACGAAUGGGACCCAGACGACGAAGAAGGCGAUGCAUACGACGGCCGAACAAAGAAACGUAGAAAAAUAAUCACCAAGCGGGCGAGAGUCAAGUCUGAGACGAGAGCCUCUUCAGUGGCGCUCAGCCCAAUCAUAGACUUUUUCUGCCAUGCCAAUAGCACUCCAGAGCACUAUCCGGAUGAGCCCCAGCCUGCCUUUGAGGAAACAUUCGACGCUUUCCUAGCCGAUUGCCUCGAAGUGCGUGAUCAUCUCCAGGACCAGGAAAGCGAGCUCAGUCCACCCGGUGAACUACUCCGCCCUCUGUCACGAUACGAAGUCUCAGCACUCAUCGAACAUGUGCAGAAAUCUCUACCUGCACACCCCAUAUUACCCACCCAGCCCAUCGCUCUCCGAAAACUCAAAGUACACCGCGAAAGACGCAUAGCAGGUGUGCCUGAUCCCCGGAAGGACUCCACCACCGGUCCUCUCGUUCCGCUUACUCCUGUAAAGCCAGAGCCAGCCGUGAAUGACGCGGUUCUCAGCGCUCUAUAUUCCAUCCGUACCACACGAUACGACCGCUCUUUUUUAUCCAGACUCUGUGGUCAUCGAAAACCGAAACAGCCUGGUCUUCUCGCCGUCGACUGGGAAACGCAGUCACCGUGGAUGAAUCUCAUGACUGACAUCCGCGACCACUUCUCGCUUGCACACCCAGAACGAGAGCAGCCAGAAGAAGAUUUAGCGCCAAUAACAUACAGCUCGCUCCAGCGCUCGCACCUCGAGCAAGUCCAUGAUCUGUUGAGAAGGUCAUUCUGGGAAGGCGUUGACGUGAGCGAUUCCUUUCAACAUUCCCCAGAACGGUGUACGGUUGUCGCAGCAUAUAAAAAUCUCGUCGUCGGAGCAGCCUUGCUGAGCUCUCCCCAAGAAACAUACAUCACGUACCUAUCUGUUAGAGCAGGGUGGGAUAAUUCACAAAUAGCAACGACAAUGUUGUACCAUCUGAUAUCACUCAAUCCAAACAAGGACAUCACUCUUCAUGUAUCUGCCAGCAAUCCCGCAGUGUUACUGUACAAUCGCUUCGGGUUCAAAGCUGAAGAGUUCGUAGCUGGAUUCUAUGAGGACUAUCUUGACCCCCAAUCGCGAAUGUCAAAGAACGCGCUCAGGCUGCGAUUACGACGGUGAAAACUCGGCUGAAAGUGCCUAGCCCUGUUGUGAUCGCCUCUCCGGCCACUUGAUAAAGCUGCAGGAACGUUCAAAGGUCGUCUGAUCGCUCUGAUCUUUAUUCCUUCAGGCUUCACGUGUCGUUCCGUAGGCAGUGCAACGCUUGCUAUGGUGCCUGUUCUAAAGGCGAUACACACACUGCCUCCCGGUGUUUCGUGUAUCUCGUUGCCGUCCGCACGCCGCUCGCAGGACUUUCACAUCAGGGUAGAGAGUUACUCUUUAAAAGAGCUAUAUUUCCACAAUGGAUACAGGUAGUAGUAAUGACAUGGGGAAGCAUGACCUUCCAUGAGUGAGUUUAAGUCCGAUUGAUUACCAAAACAAAGAAAGGAAUGAGAGAGGCGAAAUCCAGCACCGAUACAUUGAAAGAAAAACUGAGAUCAUAGACGAGUGACGGCCUUGGAAUCGAGCGGCAUACCUGGAAUUAUUCAUAUGUGAACGUUGUCUCACUAUCAACCACCCAUAUUGGAGAUGAGAGGACGUACCAGUAGGAUCAAUGCCAUUGCGGGCAAGAAUCUGGUUAUGCCGUAUCAACCUUGCUUGAUCGAACCUAGCGACAUUUCGUGAAUACAGUCCAUAGCAUCUCUCAAACCAUCGCAAAAAAAAAAAAGGGACUCACGU